AUGGCGCGGAAGAAGAGCGUGCUCGUGGACGGGAACAACGCGCUGUAUCACUAUUACGACCCCCUGUCGACGCUCGAGCGCCAGGGAGUCCCCUGUGGCGCCGUGGACGGACUGCUGCGACUGCUGCAACGGAUGGACGAGACGCACGCGCCCGAGCACAUUUGCGUCAUGUUCGACUCGAAAGACCGAGUGACGACGCGGCGCGUGAUGCAGCCGAGCUACAAGAGCGACCGCCGGCCGACGCCCGUGUCCCUCGUGCCCCAAUUCGCACAGGCGAAAGCGGCACUUCAGAAGCGCCACGUGAACUGCAUCGAGUGGCCAGGAGUCGAAGCCGACGACCUCAUUGCUUCGUACGCGACGCAGUACACAGCUGCGGGCUUCGACGUGCUGCUCAUUUCCAAUGACAACGACUUCUUGCAGCUCGUGCGAGGUGAAGACAGAGGCACCACGUUUACCGCUACUGCCACUGCUGCUACAGUUGCUACGGACGCGGCGACUGACCUGGUGGUCGCUACGGCACCUGCAGCUCCUGUGGUGGAACUCUAUCAGCCGUCCAAGCGUCGGUACAUUCGUGAGCGGAGUCUACGAGGAAGGUUUGGACUCGACCCCAAGUUGCUGCCGGACUUUCACGCACUGUGCGGGCACCAGCGGAAACACCUGCCGAGGGUGGACAACUUGACGGACGAAGUGGCCGUGCAGUUGCUCACGCAGUAUGGCGGACUCUAUCCGUUGUUGCGCCAACUCGACGCACUCGAGGAUCCAGCUCUGUGCACCACGUUGAAGCAGGGCAUCUCCGCUAUUGAGGGGUCGUACCGGAUCGUUAAGCUCAUUGACUCGGUCGCAUUACCUGUAGCGAUCGAGGACUUGCAGCGACCUCAGUGGACGUAA